ACUCGUAUUUAUAUGCAAACACCUACGGAAUCCAAGUGCAAUAUACCUUUAUUUUAUUCGCUGAGAUAUUGAGAUUAUUUUAUGCGCCAUUAUAGGUAAUUUAUUUAAUUGAUACGCUUUUAUAGCUCGAUGAAAAUAAUGAGCUGCUAUCAUCACACUAGAAAUAAAGUCAUACAGAGUCAAACGCGUCCCUUUUGUUUUAAUUAAAUAUGAAAUUUCUUAUCUUAUUACUUGUUUUGAGGAGUUGUGUUGCUUUCGACUUGCCUCGGUGCAAACCAGACUUCAAUAUUGAUAAGGAUCAGUAUACAGUAUCUGAUACGUAUCACUUAGGAGAUGCGGUGCCCACUGACGCCCACUAUGAUGUAUAUGGGAACUUAUUCUAUGUCAAAUCCGGGAGCAACGAUGAUGGUUAUUACUAUGACAUCUAUGUUGUCAAGUUUAAGACUACAACUGCCCAGAAAAUCAAGGGUUUACCGGAAGGACUAAGUUACUCAGUAGCGGUAGACAAGAAGGAUGCCAAGGUAUACUUCGGCACCGAAAAGGGAAUGUUCCGGUACGACUAUGAAACUCACAACGCUACUCAAGUAUCUGACUCCUUACUGAAAAUUAACAUGAUUUUCGUCGACAAAGACGGUAAUAAAUACAUAACUAACAGCAAUAAUGGCAUAGAAGAGCUAUAUUUACUUGACGGCGAAAAGAAAAUUCGUUUUAAUACUUUAGAGGCGUUGAACGAGUUGGCAAUCGAUGAUAAUAAUAACUUCUACUUCAUCAAACAUGAACAGCUAUUUGUCUUGAAACCAACGCUAUACAUGCCCUUGCACAUUGGCAACGUGACAUACACGGGUGCGGGCCAAAUCUCAUUUCACAAGGAUAACGUGUUCGUCGCAAGUGACCACUUGGUUUAUUUCCAUGAGAAUGAGACUGGCAAGAUGAAAUUAAUCUCAAACGUUCCAGAUCAAGUUACGUCUAUAGCUUUUGAUAGGACGGGCGACUUUGUGCUCGGUACCCGCGGUAAACUGUUGAAGUAUAAAAAGAACGAGUGUUACAUUAGGAAAACUAACGACGCGGUAUAAAAUAAGCUAUAGAACUCUCAGUGUAUAUAAGACAAAAAGACUUCACCUUUUACUUUAGUAAUAAACGAAAUAGGAAAGUUUGCUAACAGAACAAUACUUUAUAGGUACCUACGUCUUUAUAUCACUGAAAUGAUUAUGUUCUAUAAUAUAUCCCUUUCUGAAAGAACAAUCUUUUCAUUUUUGGUACACAGUAUACUGGUCAGCUAGAGCUACCUGAAUUAGCAAUAAUGAUUAUCGUAUUUUUCACACAGCUUGGGUACGGUGACCGUUGUCAUCUGCAUACAAUUUUUGACUUUAAAACGCAAAAAAUUAUUGAGCUUUACAUCCGUACCCAAGAUAUGUGAAAAAUACUAUAAUUGAUUGAUCUGCAACGCGAGUGCUGCUGACUGUCUUUCUUUUAGGCGCUAUUAUUAUAACAGCUUGUGUAUUAAAGAUUUGUUUACCCUACAUGUAUAAAUGCUGCAAAUAUAACAAUAAAACAAUUUGUACGGAACAA